CAACCUCUUCACCUUAAACAUUUGCCAUCGUCCCACCACGGGAUACCUGAUCUCCCUAACCCCCCUCACGCCUACUCAACCCGGGCAUCAUGUUGCCCUCAUCGAUGCGGCGGGUUGUCUCUGCCGCACCCCAGUCAUCACUUUUAUCCAACUUCGCCCCUGCGAGCACGAGAAUACCAGCCGCCUUCAACCUGUGCUGUAAUCCAAGGGGUCAACAGCGAAGGCGGUAUUCCUCCUCCAAACCAUCCAGCCCCAAUGACUCGCCGAAGGACCCCAAGGAUAUUUCUAAUAACCAAGUAACGGCUACACCAUCUCAGUCCUCCAAGAAAACCAGGGAAAAGCAAAAGCGCAAGACCAAUGACUGGCCCGAUAAUAAGCCAAAACUCCCUAGCGUCCCUAGCACGCAACAUCUACCACAGGAAGCUCUGGCCUUGUCGACCUUUUUCUCCCUACACCGACCGAUGUCCACAACCAACAGCCUUCCCAAAGCGAUUACUCAAGAUGCAUUCGCGCAAAUAUUUGCCCCCUUACCGAAGAACGGCAAAUAUAACGAUGUUAUGUCCACAAUCUCCAGGACUGUGGAUGAUCUCGAACAGCCCAUGCAGAACCUGAGUCUAGAGACUCAACAAGGUGCUGAGACUGUCAACGAUGCUAACGGCGAGCCGAUGCACAAAAUCGAUCUUAAGCAUCCCGACGGUACCGAAUCGAGCGUCUAUGUCCAGCUCAACGCCAUGUCCGGCCAGUUUUUACCUUUCCGACCCCCUCCGUUACCCGAAGUUGAGAAGGUGGAGCCCGAGGUCGAUGCUAAACUUGCGAAGAUGAUGGAGUGUCUCCCGCAAACCCGAGUUUACAAGGCUAUGUUUACUCUAGAGGAGUCGACGGAUGAGAACGGCCAGCUUCGGAUCGUGGCGCACAGCCCCGAGUUAGUCGAGGAGGCACCGCCACCGCGUACGUUUCUCGAGCGUAUGGCUAUGCGCCAGAUCCGAUGGCGCGAGGAGGCACGUGGCGAAAGCCCUGAGAUGCUCGCCAUUAGCGUACGGAGACAACGGAAGCUGAGGAUGAAGAAGAAGAAGUAUAAGAAGCUGAUGAAGCGAACGCGAAACGCCCGACGGAAGCUGGAUCGGGUCUAAGGCAAGUGCUGGCUCCCCUGUACAUAAGAGCGUAUUUCUCUCAUCGCCUACAUCGCCGCACGAUCCAGCAUGGUGCAUUAUGUGGGUUACCGUCAUAAUACGGUGUAUGGGUUAGGUCGGAUCGUUUCGAGUCGUUUCUUUACGGAUUUCUUACUCUCACACUACCUAGAUCAGAGCAUACCUAUUCGGUUUUCUCAAAGCAUUUCUGUAGGCGUGCUACGGUGAUACGCAAUACAAUCUCAAUAUCAAAUCUUUAC